GGGCAGAGAGGGCAGACGCUCCACUGUGCUCCGCUGUUCUGGGCUCUGCUGCUGCCGCUGCCGCUGCCGCUACCGCCGCUCUACCGCUCCGCUGCUGUGAGGGAUUACACACCGUACUGCGCAGUGAACUCACGAGGGCUGUGAACUCCCGAGGGCUGUCGCCAUGGCGAGCCGGGGCCUCACCGCCGGCCUCCUCGUGUUCCUCGGGGUCCUAGCGCUGGCCCACGCGUCCGCCUUCCUCUCGGGCCAGCGGCUGAAGCCUCGCUUCCAGCGGGACCGCCGCAACAUCCGGCCCAACAUCAUCCUCAUCCUCACCGAUGAUCAGGACAUCGAGCUGGGCUCCAUGCAGGCGAUGAACAAGACGCGGCGCAUCAUGGAGCAGGGCGGCACGCACUUCUCCAACGCCUUCGUCACCACGCCCAUGUGCUGCCCGUCGCGCUCCUCCAUGCUGACGGGGAAGUACGCGCACAACCACAACACCUACACCAACAACGAGAACUGCUCCUCGCCCUCCUGGCAGGCCCAGCACGAGCCGCGCACCUUCGGCGUCUAUCUCAACAACACGGGCUACAGGACAGCGUUCUUUGGGAAGUACCUAAACGAGUACAAUGGUACGUACGUGCCCCCGGGCUGGAGAGAGUGGGUGGGCAUGGUCAAGAACUCCCGCUUCUACAACUACACCAUCUGCCGCAACGGAGUCCGAGAGAAACACGGCUGUGAAUACCCCAAGGACUACCUGACAGACCUGAUCACUAAUGACAGCAUUAACUACUUCCGGGCGUCCAAGAGGGUGUACCCCCACCGCCCCAUCCUCAUGGUCCUGAGUCACGCUGCCCCCCACGGGCCGGAGGAUGCAGCGCCACAGUACACCACCGCAUUCCCCAACGCCUCGCAGCACAUCACCCCCAGCUAUAACUACGCUCCCAACCCAGACAAGCACUGGAUUAUGCGCUACACGGGGCCCAUGAAGCCCAUCCACAUGGAGUUCACCAACAUGCUGCAGAGGAAGAGGCUGCAGACCCUGCUCUCCGUCGACGACAGCGUGGAGAAGGUGUAUAAUAUGCUGGUGGAGACUGGAGAGCUGGAGAACACCUACAUCAUAUACACCGCUGACCACGGCUACCAUAUCGGCCAGUUUGGACUGGUCAAGGGCAAGUCCAUGCCCUACGAGUUUGACAUACGAGUGCCCUUCUACAUACGAGGCCCUAACGUGGAGGGAGGAACUAUCAACCCCCACAUGGUGCUGAACAUCGACCUGGCGCCCACCAUCUUGGACAUCGCUGGGCUGGACAUUCCGCCCGACAUGGACGGCAAGUCCAUCCUAAAGCUGCUGGACACUGACCGGCAAGCUAACAGGUUCCAGUUCAACAAGAAGGGCAAAGUGUGGAGAGACUCCUUCCUGGUGGAGCGCGGGAAGUUGCUGCACAUGAAGCUGAAUGAGGGGAAAGAUGUGGCCCAGGAAGAGAACUUCCUGCCCAAGUACCAGCGGGUGAAGGACCUGUGCCAGCGAGCAGAGUACCAGACGCCCUGCGAGCAGAUUGGACAGAAGUGGCAGUGUGUAGAGGAUCCCACUGGUAAGCUGCGGCUGUACAAGUGUAAGGGGAUGACCAGCUCGUCCCCCCUGCGUAAGAACCAGAACCAGAGUCCGUCCGGCCUCAAGGCCCAGCUGUUCCAGCGUAGCAGCAGCACCACCACCACCACCAUCACCACCAUCAGCAGCAGCAGCAGCAGCAGCAGCGUCGCUCCACCCGAUGGCUGCAACUGCAGGCUGCCCCUCUACAGAGUCAACCCCUUCAAGAAGAGCAAGAUGCUGUCCAGAAAGAAGUUGAAGGCUCUGAAGAGCUACUCCCGCAACCGUUUCACCCGUGACAUCUCCAUGGAGAUGGGCGGAGACCUGUAUGCCGUUGACCUUGGCGAUCCGUACAUGGCCCCCAGGAACCGCAGCCAGAACCGAGCCCCGGGCUCACAGGACGAGGAGGAGGAGUUCAGUGGGAUGGGAGGAGUCACCGUGCCUCCCCAGACCAACAGCAACAGUCUGGCACUGCCCAACUCCAUCAAGGUCACGCACAGGUGCGCCAUCUUGGCUAACGACACAGUGAAGUGUGAUCAUGGCGUGUACAAGUCACUGCAGGCCUGGAAAGACCACAAGCUCCACAUUGACCAUGAGAUUGAAACUCUGCAGACGAAGAUAAAGAACCUGCGCGAGGUCAGAGGUCACCUGAAAAAGGCUCGUCCCGAAGAGUGCGACUGCAACAAAUACAUCUACAAGUCCAAAUUCAAGAAACUCAGGAAGUACAAGGGAGAAGGUGUUCAUCCUUUCAGGAAAGCUGAGAAGAAGGAUAAGAAGCAGUGGCUGCUGCAGGAGCAGAAGCGCAGGAAGAAGAUGAGGAAGCUGCUCAAGCGUCUCCGUAACAACGACACCUGCAGCAUGCCCGGCCUCACCUGCUUCACCCACGACAACCAGCACUGGGCCACCGCCCCCUUCUGGACCAUGGGGCCGUUCUGUGCCUGCACCAGCGCCAACAACAACACCUACUGGUGUCUGCGCACCAUCAACGAGACACACAACUUCCUGUUCUGUGAGUUUGCCACUGGCUUCCUGGAGUACUUCGACCUCAACACCGACCCAUACCAGCUGAUUAAUGCGGUGAACACUCUGGACAGGCAUGUGCUUAAUGAGCUGCAUAUUCAGCUGAUGGAGCUCCGCGGCUGCAAAGGACACAAGCAGUGCAACCCUCGCACGCGCUGCCUCGACCUGGGCGGUAAAGAGCGCAGCAGCUAUGAUGAAUACAGGCAGUUUCACCGUCGCAAGUGGCCUAAAGUGAAGAAGCCCGUCUCCAAAUCACUAGGACAGAUUUGGGAGGGCUGGGAGGGCUAGUGCCCCUGAGAGCUCCAGCCCAGCCCAGCAGGACCGGUACUCCGGGACAUCCAACUGGUCAGAACUUGAACCCUUGUACAAACUUGACGAGCAUGCCUACGAUCUCAA